CCCUGGCCCACGCAACAAGCACCACAGCCAGCACGUAGCUGGCGAUGACAAGACGCUACCGACUAUCGGGAGGCAUUUGCCUACCAUCCUCGGCAGUGAUAGUUAUGCUUUCAAUGAUGGGCGGCCUGGGCCGCGCACGGUCCUUCCAGCUCACCUCCACCGCAGCGGCAACCUCAGCAGCAGCUCGACGUUGCAGCAGCGCCGGCCCGGCGUGGGUUGGCCAUGGCGGGCGGAUACCACGGUUGGCGGGGGAAAGCAGUCGUGCUGGGGCUGCGAGAACCACUGCAGGCAGCAGGGGACGAGGAAGAAACGGCCGGCUUGCAAUGGUCAAGAGCAUGGCUCGACCGGACAAAGCGGCUACGGCGCCGCUCUCCACGAACGCCGCCGCCGCCGGUGAGCCGAGAGAGAGGCCCGCGGCGGCUCAGCCCCCCUCGCGGGUGGACGGCGACUACGGCGCGGACCAGAUCACGGUGCUGGAGGGCCUGGAGCCCGUGCGCAAGAGGCCCGGCAUGUACAUCGGCUCCACGGGGCCCAAGGGUCUCCACCACCUGGUGUUCGAGGUGGUGGACAACGCAAUUGACGAGGCCUUGGCGGGGUACUGCGACACGGUAUACGUUACCCUGGAGAAAGACGGCAGCUGCACGGUCAGGGAUAACGGCCGCGGCAUUCCGUGCGACAUCCACCCGCGCACGAAGAAGAGCGCCCUCGAGACCGUCAUGACCGUUCUCCACGCCGGCGGGAAGUUCGGCGGGGACGAGAGCGGUUACAAGGUUUCCGGGGGUCUGCACGGCGUCGGCGUUUCGGUGGUGAACGCCCUGAGCCAGUGGGCGGAGGUAGAAGUAGUGCGGGGGGGAAAGCGGCACUCGCUUUCCUUCAAGAGGGGAAAAACUCAGGGCGACCUGUUCACGACGGACGCGGGGGCGAAGGAGGCCGGGGGCACCGCGGUUCGGUUCCUGCCGGACCCGGAGGCGACUCCUAUUUUCAAGACAACGACGGAGUUCGAGUUCGAGCGGCUUUCCGGUCGGAUGGACGAGCUGGCCUACCUCAACGCGGGUGUCAGCAUCGUCAUGGCAGACGCAAGGAGCGGCGUCGAUGAGGACGGCAAUUUCAAGAAGACCGAGACGUACUUCCACAAGGGGGGCGUGCAGGAGUUCGUCGAGCUCAUGUGCAAGGAUAAACAGCACCUUCACCCGGACAUGAAGGUUAUCCGUGCCCUGGGAGAGCGCGAUGGGGUGCAGGUGGAGGCGUGCCUGUCAUGGAGCAGCGACAUGUACACGGACUCCCUCGUGUCCUUCGCCAACGGCAUCAGGACCGGUGACGGCGGCACACACCUGGAGGGGCUAAAGUCCAUCGUCACCAGGACGGUGAACAGCAUGGGCAGAAAGAGCGGCAAGCUGAAGGACUCGCAAAGCAACCUCGGCGGGGACUUCGUCCGAGAGGGCCUGACUGCGGUGGUUAGCGUGAAGGUGCCGGAGCCGGAGUUUGAAGGGCAGACGAAGAACAGGCUAGGCAACCCGGAAGUCAGGGGCAUCGUCGAUUCAAUCGUUGGCGAGGAGCUGGUCAAGUUGUUCGAGUGGCACCCCAAGAUCCUUGGUGCGAUCUUGGAUAAGGCCUCGUCGGCGCAGGCUGCAGCCGCCGCUGCAAAGGCGGCGAGAGAUAUGGUCCGACGCAAGUCUUUGCUAACGAGCACCGUGCUGCCGGGGAAGCUCGCAGACUGUGCUUCUCGAGAUCCUGUGGAGAGCGAGAUUUAUAUCGUGGAGGGAGACUCCGCGGCGGGCAGCGCUAAGCAGGGGCGGGAUCGCCGGACGCAGGCGAUCCUUCCUCUUCGUGGCAAGAUUCUCAACAUCGAAAAGUGCGCCUCUGAGAGAAUCUACCAGAACAACGAGCUGCAGGCUCUUAUUUCGGCCUUGGGGCUAGGAAUCAAGGGCAAUGAGUUCGAUGUUUCCGGCCUCAGGUACCACCGCAUCGUGGUUAUGACGGACGCGGACGUCGACGGCUCUCACAUCAGGAUCCUGCUGCUGACGUUCUUUUUCCGAUAUCAGAGAUCGCUGAUCGAAGACGGGUUCGUGUUCAUCGCGUGCCCACCUCUUUACAAGAUCAAACAGGGAAAGACCGAGAAAUACGUCUACACGCAGGAGGAGUGUGACAGCGCCGUUAGCGAGCUGCCGGCCUCUCCAGCGGUCCAGCUCCAGCGUUUCAAGGGCCUGGGAGAGAUGAUGCCGCAGCAGCUGUGGGACACCACCAUGGACCCCGCCAGGCGGACUCUCAAGCUGGUGACGGUGGAGGACGCGGCCGCAGCAGACCGGAUUUUCUCUGUCCUGAUGGGAGAUAACGUGGGCCCAAGGAAGGAGUUCAUCAACGAGCACGCCAACAACCUUAAGCUCGAUGACCUUGACUUCUAGAACUACCCUGGACGCGCUGGAACAGCUGUGGCUACCAUUGUUGGGGCUAUGUUGUAUUGAUACUGAUAGAGGACGGCGGCCUUGUUUGUUCCGUGACAGGGGCGAGACGAGGCUCCGCGUAGGUGCUUGGUAGGAAAGCAGUGGAGAAUUUGCGUUGGUGUUUGAGCCAUUCUGGACGAAGAACACAUGCGUGGGGGCAUACCCGUGCUGGAACCACCUGUGCUUGAAACAUUGCGUAAUAAUUGAACCAAAGUGUUAGAAAGAUGGGAGUACGAAGCGCAAAACGGUGGUGUUGGUGCCGUACAGUUGCGGGGCAUUGCCGUCCCGCGGAAGGUCACGACCUUUGGGUCUUAGUCAAAGAUGGUAUCAGGAGUGGUAACAAUUUUACAGCUCCGGUGUGCUGGGCCGGGUAUGAGAAGCAUAUAUCGUGGUGGAGACAAAGCGAGUGGAAGUGCUCCCUAUGUACGUAUACGGGGUCACGAAACCAAAACGAGAAGAAGCAGAUCGAGGGAACAACAACGAUGGAGUGUUGAAAGCCGGACAGAUGGUGACCAACCAACGAUCAGCCCGUGACACGUUUUCGUGGGCGCUCUCUCUCUCUCUUCCUCUCUCGAUUGCUCCGGGGUGCUCAUUUGUUGCGAACAGGUUAGCGGAACUGUCGAGUACGUUAAUUCCUAGUGCGGGUUCUCACCUGGAUUCUCUCGCCGUCUGUCUCUAUUGAAAUACCCUCACUGAG